GCUCUAGAUAGUGAAUACGUGAGCUUAGCUUACGAAAGUUUUCCAUUCGGGCAGUAUAAAAACCGAAGUCGAUUCAGUUGGAUCAAGUAGUCGAUACAUUCAAACCAUACUAAAAUGUUCAACAAAACGAUUGUCGUGGCCCUCCUUGUGUGCGCCUGCUACCUUGGCACCAUUGAGGCACGCCCCGGACUUACCGAUGUGGCCACUGGACAAAUAGCUGGUAGUUUUGCUCAAGGAGUUCUUAAAGGAACUGUUUCACAAAUUGGUUCUCAAUUGCCUGCUGGUCUUGGCCAGCAAUCACCUUUGUCUCAAUUGUCUAAUUUGCCACUUGGGACAGUUACCGGAUAAUCCCAUCAACACUUCAGAAGCUCUUAGACAACUUCUUGCCAAUCAAAACAAUGUUUCAUGCAAAGCGUAUUUAAUUUAGCAUAAUUCGUCAAAUUUUAAUUACAAAUAAAGUUAAAUUUUGAGCAUUUAAAAAAA